UAAAAUUGACGUUUUGUGACUUACGACGUAAAAUUUGAGACCAUCCAUUUCUAUCAAGAAGAUAUAGAAAGCAAUUUUGUUGCGUAUUCUAAAAGUGACCAAAAUGACUUCUGUUGUGAGGGCUGGGCACUUGGCUCCGUACUUUAAAGCUACCACGCAAGUGGUCUCCAAUGGGUUAAAACCCGCCGUGGUUGUCGUAACACCUGUCGAUAAAUUAGUUGUACAACCUCUACCUAAAACUUCGACUGUCCAGUCCUUGCAUGGAGCCCUUCCUAUCCAGGGUCUGAAGGUCAAGUCUAGUAAUGCAAUCCCAGUGCAAGUACGAUUUGCGCAUUCUGAUAUUUCGUAUCCUGACUUCACUGCAUACCGCCGCAAGGAGACCCAGGACCCUACGUCGAAAGCAAGCGAGACCCUCGAUGAACGGCAAUCGUUUACCUAUCUUAUUGCUGGAGCGGGAAGCUUUGCUGGUGCCUAUGCAGCAAAAUCUGUGGUUACCCAGUUCAUUUCAUCCAUGGCUGCAGCGGCUGAUGUCUUGGCCUUAGCUAAGAUUGAAAUCAAAAUGGCUGAAAUCCCUGAAGGCAAGUCUGUCACCUUCAAAUGGCGUGGAAAACCACUGUUCAUUCGCCACAGAACACCAAGCGAGAUCGCAACAGAGCAGGCAGUGCCCGUCGACUCGCUCCGUGACCCGCAGCAUGAUGACCAACGCACACAGGAUCCCAAGUGGUUGGUCGUUAUUGGCGUGUGCACACAUCUGGGCUGCGUGCCCGUCGCCAACGCCGGUGACUUCGGCGGCUACUACUGCCCUUGCCACGGCUCUCACUACGACGCGUCUGGUCGCAUCCGCAAAGGUCCCGCGCCCCUAAACCUGGAGGUCCCGCCGCAUACAUUUACCGAUGACCUCCUAGUUGUAGGCUAAACGAAGCUUGUUAUUUAUUAGAAAAUUUAUUUAUCAUUAAGUAUACACAUCCAUAUGUACAUCAAUAGAAACCAAUAAAUGUGAUACAA